GAAUCCAAUAUCGGACGUUAAAAUCAAAAGCGCAGCCGCUCUUUUCAGUAGCAACGUAUCGGCCAUAAUUUUGAAGCUAAUUUGCUUUAAAACGUAGAUCAAACGUAGAGUUUAGCUCAUAGAAUUGGCGGAUUUUGUGACGUUCGGUCCAAAUAUGUCCGCUGCGUCGUUACAGGCAGCUGACGUUUACUCAUCCUAACUUUUUCAUGUGCGCCACAGAAGAGUCUGCAGACGUCUGUGGUAAUAACGUUACUGAAGACCCCGAACUUCUUCCUUCUCAAGCGUGUAAAAUAAUAUGAGCAAAGAGUCCAGAAUGAGGGCAACAGUGAACCAGAAGCUGACAGAGAUGGGUGAGCGAGAGAGACUGAAGGAGUUACUGAGAGCUAAGCUCACUGAGUGUGGAUGGAAGGACCAGAUGAAGGCUCACUGCAAAGAAGUCAUCAAAGACAAAGGCUUGGAGCAUGUCACUGUGGAGGACCUGGUUGUAGAGAUUACUCCUAAAGGAAGAGCUUUGGUGCCAGACAGCGUCAAGAAAGAGCUUCUACAGAGAAUAAGAGCAUUCUUAGCUCAGCAUGCCACAUAAUUUAGAUUUACUUAGACCAUCAGCCUAUACUGUCAAGAUAUAGAAUAUUUUAUAAUCAGGGUUCAAAAUUAACUUUUUUGUCCACCAGCCAAAUGGCUAAAUGUUUCAAUUUUACCAGCCACUCAAUAGAUUACUAUUGGUUUUUUGGCUAGUGAGUGAAGCAAAUCUACCAGCCACAUGCAUAUUAUACAAGCAUUUGGCUGGUGGCUGUUGCUAAUUUUGUGCCCUGUUUAUAAUAAAUUAAUAUACUUAAAUUGUGAGAUUUUCUUUUCAUUUGAGAUUUUGGCUGACACACUACACGCUUGGUUAUUUGGUUGUGUGUUUUUACUGAUCCUGUGACUGCAGUUAUUACAUAAGUUUUGUAAAUGUACUUGCACUGUUGAAAUAAAGGUUUUGAUCUGUUGGAA